UUGGUGCUACAGGAUCUGCAUUACAGUCAGCGGUGGAAGGAGAGUCUGUCACUCUAAACACUGGUUUUAUUCUAAUAAAGCCUGGUGAUUGGAUUCAGUGGUUGUUUGAGAAUAAUAUGAUUGUUUAUAUCAAUGUAACAACCGGCAACAUGACUGUAUAUGAUGAUGUUUUUGGCGGGAAAUUCAGAAACAGACUGAAGCUGGACAGUCAAACCAAAUUUCUGACCAUCACAAACAUCACAACUGAAGAUGCUGGAGAUUAUAGUGUAUCAACCAGCGCACCAAUGAGGACAACAGUCAGACUCACCGUCUAUGCCGGGAAGUCAUUGUCCGUGACGGAGGGAGAUUCAGUCACUCUAGAAUCAGGUCUUACUGAAAUAAGCGAAAAUAGCAUACUGUGGGAGACUGAAACAAAAAAUAAUUUAAAGUCUUUGAUAGCUGGAAUCACUAGAGCAGGUGGAAUGUUUGGGAUAUCAAGAGACAGACUGAAGCUGGACAAUCAAACCGGAUCUCUGACCAUCACAAACAUCACAACUGAACAGACUGGACUUUAUAUACUACGGUUAACAAAACAGUCAAAAGCAUUCAGAGUUUCUGUCUAUGCGCGUCUGCCGGUUCCUGUCAUCAGCAGUAACUCUACAAACUGUUCUUCAUCAUCAUCAUCAUCAUCAUCGUGUUCAUUGGUGUGUUCAGUGGUGAAUGUGAGUCAUGUGACUCUCUCCUGGUACAAAGGAAACAGUUUAUUGUCCAGCAUCAGUGUGUCUGAUCUCAGCAUCAGUCUCUCUCUACCUCUGGAGGUGGAAUAUCAGGAGAAAAACAGCUACAGCUGUGUGAUCAACAAUCCCAGCAGCAAGCAGACCACACAUCUGGACAUCAGCAAGCUCUGUCAACCAUGUUCAGGCUUUGUCCACUGCUGUGGUUCUACUGAAGCUGUGAUCCGAUUGGUCCUCUCUGCUCUGGUGGGCGUGGCUACUGUCAUUCUUCUGGUUUAUGACAUCAGAUCCAGAAGAGCUGAACAUGAUCAAGCACAGAUUCACACAUCAGGGAUGUAAUUAUGUAAAUUUUUCAUAUAACUGAUUUUUUUAUGCAUAUAUAAUAAAUUAAUCUUCAUUUAGCCUAUUUCUAAUCGAUUUAAAUAUUCAUAUGUUGGUGUUUGUUUGUUUUAUAGGUGGCUCAUUUCCUCCACAGAAGAUCAUUUGAGAACAAACCAUGACAAAUUCUGACAUAAAUGCUCAAAAUGCUAGUUUUUGCCAUUUUUUUUAAGAUGACCAAAUAUUUCUUUGAUAAUGCUAGAUUAUGUAAUAUAUCAUGCUUUUAUUUUAAUAUUUUUUUAAAUAAUUUAAUCUUCUCAUUCAAUUUGAAAGGCUUUGUAUAAGGAUUUAUAUUUUCUUCAGAUAAGACAAACUGAUCACACUCUACUGCUGUGUAUUUACCGUAUCUAUUUACAUUAAUCAAUAAAGCUUUCUCACUCUCAA